AUGUGUACAUGGACCAAUGAAGCUGGUACAGAUGAUUUCGACUGGGUGAGACAACAAGGCGAUACCACACUCGGACCGACUAUCGAUCAUACUCUAGGCAACGAUGCAGGUCACUACAUCUUCAUGAACGUUGGUGGUGAGAGCCCCGGGAUGAUCACCCGCCUCUCCUCAGCCCGGGCCACCAUGCACCCUGGAACACGACGAUGUGUCACCUUCUGGUACUUCCUCCAAGGGAUCAAUGUGGGGUCACUCCUGGUCACUCAACGGACCAAUGAGGAUGGUGAUAGUGACCGCUGGUUGGUAGGCAGUACUCAAGGGUCAAAGUGGAACUAUGGUCAAGUGGCUGUAUCGCAGGACAAGGACUACUGGGUCAUCUUCCAAGGCGAAGUUGGGACAUCCUCUACUGGCAGUCUUGCAAUAGAUGACAUUGCAAUCAAGGACAACGGAUGUCCAGUGAUACCAUACGGUGCUGAGGUUGGUCCACCUCUACCCUCUACCCCUGCCCCACCUAGCACCGCACCACCUGUCGUCAUUCCCGCUGGUCCGGCUAACUGUGAUUUCGAGGGAGGGUUAUGUAGCUACACCCAUGACAGUGAAGGUGACUUUGAGUGGAUCAGGAAGAGAGGGUACACAGACACCCCUGAUACUGGUCCUGAUACCGACCACACCCAUCUAGGUGCCAUUGACAAUGCUGGUUGGUACAUGUACACCGAGGGCGACUUCCGGUCGAGUGGAGACACGACCCGACUGAUCAGUGGCGAGUUCACACCUGCUACCACUUCAUGUCUUACCUUCUGGUAUCACAUGCAUGGGAGUGAGAUGGGUACACUCAAUGUGAACACGUCUGAUGGCGGGCUAGUGUGGACGAGGUCAGGCACACAGGGAAACAAAUGGCAGCCAUUCAAGAUGAACUUAGCCGCUAGUACCGAGCCCAUGAAGGUAAUCUUUGAAGGGAUAAUGACCGGUGGAGUGACGUGUGAUAUGGCUAUUGAUGAUAUACAGGUCGAUAACCAGCCUUGUCAGGCAGGUAAGAUGCAAUACGCAAUACGCAUUGUGUGUGGUAUGGCUAUUGAUGAUAUACAGGUCGAUAACCAGCCUUGUCAGGCAGAAAACUUUUGUGACUUUGAGAAUGGGCUGACAGCAUGCGGAUAUCUACAGGAGGAUCUCUAUGAUGAUUUUGAUUGGUUGGUUGGUUUUGGAGAGACGCCCACCCGCCUCACUGGUCCAUACAUAGACCAUACCACCGGCACAAUGACUGGUUACUACGCAUAUAUAGAAGCAGAUAACCGAACACCAGGGUCCACAGCAUGGCUCAUGACGCAUAUGUACCCGGGUGCCGGAGUUCACUGCGUUGAGUUUUACUACUAUAUGUAUGGCGCUAAUAUAGGCACACUCAGCAUGUUCUAUAAGCGAAACGGGGCGUUCUCUUUCACUCUCUUUACAAUAACGGGUGACAUCGGUAAAGAGUGGAACGUUGCACGCGUUCCUAUCGACUUGUCAGAAGACUUCCAGCUCGUCUUCUCUGCGAGUGUAGGGGACGGUAACCUAGGUGAUAUCGCUCUGGAUGAUAUCCUGCUCUCCCAGGGGUCAUGCCCUCCUGUAGGCAAUGUAGAUUUUGAGGAUGGUUUCGAGUCUUGGACCAAUGACCCUUCACCUCUGGAUGAUUUUGAUCUGGUCCUGGGCCAAGGUGGUACUCCUAGUCCUUCUACUGGACCAUCUAUAGACCACACCCUUGAAACUUCCGAAGGUACCUAUGUUUACAUUGAAUCUUCGAAUACCUUCGCCGGUCAAACGGGUCGGUUCAGAAGUCCGACACUGCCCCCUACGUCCUCGAAUGGACGAUGCAUAAGAUUUUGGUACCAUAUGAACGGUGUGCAUGUCGGUGUUUUAAGGGUUCUGCUCCAGACCGUAGAGGGCAGCACCAAUAUGACCCUGUGGGAAUACGGGGCUAAUGUUGGUGAUGUAUGGAAUGAUGGCCAGGCCCCAAUUACCAUGACCAGUUCGAAUUACUGGGUAAGGAUCUAUUUCCUUAAGGACUGA